AUGUCUCACAGCUGCUUUCCGCACAUCGUCAAUCUGGCUUGCAAAGCAGUACUAAAGGCUAUUACAAACAUUGACUUCGCAAAGGAAGAUGCAGAAGACUAUGUACCCAAUGCCAUCAAGCGGGAUCCUAUUGCUACUAUUCGAGCUUCUUCUAUUCGACGGCAAUACUUCUCGGCCAUCCUCAAGGCUUUGGAGAAGAAGGACCUUCAGUUACUUCGAGACAUUGAUAUUCGAUGGUCAUCAACACUGUUGAUGGUUGAGCGAGCAAUUACCUUACAAGAAGCUAUCAGGAAGUUCCUGUCAAGCAAUGAAUUUCCAGAACUUCGCAAGUACAACCUUAGUGACUCCGAGUGGGAUGCACUUGAGGUCUUUCAAAAGAUACUCGUGGUCCCUCAUGCUUUUCAACAGCGGCUCUCUGCUGAGAAGACCCCAACACUAUCUUACGCUAUCCCAUCCUUCAAGGCCAUGUCAUCGGCAUGGGAAAAACAGGCUGAAGAUUGUGCUGACCUCAGUUCAAUCAUCGAGCCUGGUCUCAACAAGCUUGCUGUGUACACGGCUCGUACUGAUUCUGUUCCUGCAUACAUCCUUGCUAUGGCAAUCAAUCCUGCAAUCAAGCUCGACUGGUUCAGUCACCAUGCACCGGAGAAAGUGCAGUUGAUGAAGGACCUCUUCAUCAACGAGGUUUGUCUUAUUGUUGACUUGUUACUAUAG